UGCGGCUCCGAUUUGGGUCCAGAGUAUUCUCAGGCAACAAAACUUUUGACCAUGCGGACAAGAUGGGUCGACGGAUGUGGAAAUUACUCAUGCUCGUUUUCUUCAUUUUGGUGGUCCUUUUAAACAUUUUCGUGAUUGGAAUUUCACCGGAGGAGAAAAUGUUUAACGACUUCAUCAUCAAGUAUGGUAAAACGUACAAGAAUGGGUCGAUAGAAUAUCAAAAACGCUUUGGAAUUUUUAAGGAAAGUCUGGCACGUCACAAAUGGUUGAAUUCCUAUCGUACUGGCCCUCACGAUGCCUUUUACGGGGUAACCCAGUUUGCUGACUUGACCCAGGAGGAGUUUGCAUCCUCUUUGCUGGGUGGGAGGGCCAGACGACCAGCUUUUGUGUUGAGCAGACCCAAGUCAGACCAUCAGGGGAAAGUCACAGAAACAGCCCAGCCGAAUAAAGACAUCCCCAAAAAGUAUACUUUACAAGGGAGACACCCACCUGUGUUAACAUCAGUCAAGAACCAAGGGACGUGCGGAGGAUGUUGGGCUUUCAGUAUCGUGGAGUGCCUGGAGACCCAGCAUGCCCUCAAGACCCGCACCCUGUAUGACCUGAGCGCUCAGCAGGUCCUGGACUGCAACAACGUAGGCAGCGAUCACGGCUGCAGUGGGGGCAACCUCUGCGAAACCCUGAAAUGGCUUAACUCCACCAAGGAGAAGGUGGUCCUGGCAAAGGACUACCCUUACAAGCAGAAGUCAGAGUCUUGUGACAUAGUGGCCAUAUCGCAUGGACUGGUGUAUCUGAAAAAUUAUACUUGCCAUCAGUACGCAGGCGAGGAGCAAGAGAUGGUGUCCCUUAUAUACAGGCAUGGCCCGUUGCUGGCAGCGAUCGAUGCAACAUCGUUCCAGGACUACAUGGGAGGAAUUAUCCAGCAUCACUGUACGGCUCAUUAUGACAAUCACGCUGUGCAGAUUGUGGGCUACGACCAAACAGGUCCAAUCCCUUUCUAUAUCGUCCGCAACUCCUGGGGUGCCACCUGGGGUCUGGGUGGAUAUCUUCACAUCAAGAUAGGCGGUAACCUGUGUGGCAUUGCUAAUGCUGUAGGAAGUGUGAAUACCAACUGAGACGUGCUCCUGCCUUCAGACAAAAGUUGCGAAGACAAGGCAAGAAACUAAGCUUCUCAUAAGACAGCAGUGCACCUUGGUAUUGACCUAUUAAUUAAACAGCUACACUGAUUUCUUGGAGAAUGUGUACCACAUAAUUUAAAAUAAUGGAUAUUGCAUCCCACGGACAAAAAGUUCCAAUAAGAAACAACUCAUGGAAUUCUGCAUGAAUUGCUCAUAAAAUGGGUUUUCCAUCUCAACAAAUGCUCCAUCUCUACAAGCACUGGAGGAGGAUAUUCCUCUCCUCUAUGUGACCACUGCAACAUACGCACUAAAACUACUAUAGCCUUGGUCAAGGCGUUUGUCAUUCGUCACAGUGAAGCGCACGGCAGCGUGCACCUGCCGCUUAAAAUCAAGGCGAAGAGAAACCUCACGCAGUCUAAGAAAUAUGCACCAAGGCGUUUGUCCUGGCUGAACCAGGACGAAUGCCUAGGCGCAACUGUCCAUGGAAACUGUAUUGGGCAGUGCUCAUUAUGCUGAUGACAAGAGCCAAUGUCUUCACCCUAACCUUCCCCAACCACACAGAAUUAAACAAUAGUAAAGUGUUUAAUUCUGUGGGGAUAGGUCUGGUAGGCCUA